GUGCUCAACUCACUGUCAUUACUGUUGUGUGAUUUCAGUGGACCCGCUGUACUCGAAACACUUGAUUGCCACCUGAUUAGUGUACAGGUAUUGCGUGAAUGAUCGCACGUAUACAUUGUGGGGACACUCAGCUGACGAUAUGUUUACCAAUGUUUAGCACUUUUGUGAUACGUUUGCAAACAAUUGGGUUAACAAUCGCUUUAAUUACCACUAUUUGACGCCAAAGUCACUCAAGAUUUAAACAUUUCUUGCAUUCAUUUAAUGAUAAUUAAAAUAAGGCUUAAAUCGUACCAUUGAUCUGACGCGGAGACAAAGUAUAAGACAUUCCCAAAUCUGAUCCAAACAUCGAUAAUGUCAGUGAUUGACCAAAACGAUGACAAUGUAUUCCUGGAUAACAACGACUCCAACGGCUCAGACAAUGGCGUCGCUCUAAUCCGGGAGCUCUUCGACGGCACCGACGAUCUCUUGGACACAGAACUGGAGCGCGCAUUAGAGAAUGGCAUUCAGACGAUAGUCAUUGAAGCGCACCGUUUGGGCGAAGAGACGGCUCGUUGGAUAUCAAUCGGCAACUGUCUGAACAAGACAUCGGUGGUGACGGGCAUCGGAUCCAUAUUAGCGGGCAUUAUAUGGCCGGAGAAGAGGAGCACUCAGUGCUGUCUGACGGGUGUAAGUCUGCUCACGAAUGGCAUACACUACCUCUCAUGGCAAAUGGAUGAGUGCGAGCACUACAGGGUCGAGACGGACGUCCACAAGAUUGCGGCCAAUUGUGCCCAUUUGGAGGACUUCGACAAACCGGUUGUGUUGACCAGACGUGAGGCCCAUGAGAUGAAACGGAACCAUAUUUUUCAAACAGCAAUCUCUUUGAUAGCGUUAGCGUUCACUGCUUUCAAACUCUAUAAGUCUUUUAAAUUGACGAAAAUUAUUGUAUAA